AAGCAAUCUAACAAUCAUGCUUAAGAUUGUUGUGAGGAAAGUAUUGGGCAGCAGCUGAAAGGUCGCUGCAAUUUAUAACUACUUGAAUCAUUGUAAUCCUCAAGGGCAAAUCCUUUGGAAUCAAGAUGAAUAACACAGAAGAUGAGGGGAUUGAGACAUCAUUGGACAUGGACUGGGUAGCCUCAUUGAAGAAGAGGGUGUCAGACAUAAAUUGUAGGGACAGGAACACACAGCCAACAAUAUACAGAGUCCCGGAUUUCUUGAAAAGUGUCGACCCCCAAGCCUAUGAGCCAUUGGUCGUCUCGCUCGGCCCCUACCAUUGCAACAAACCUCAUCUACAAGCUAUGAAUCAGGUCAAAUGGAAGUACCUCAAGUAUGUCCUCGAGCUGAACCCUGAUGUAGCCUUGGACAACUAUCUGGGUCGGAUCAAGGAGCUGGAAACGCGAGCACGCGAUGCCUAUUCGGAGGAAGUGAAGAUGAGCAGCAACAGUUUUGUGGAAAUGAUGUUGCUGGACGGAUUCUUUGUGAUGCUUACAAUAAUGGGGUUGACCCACCGGAUGGAGAUUUCAGAAGAGAGUGCCAUUUGGACUGGAGAUGCAGUAGUACGAGAUAUCUUCAAGCUCGAAAACCAGCUUCCUUUCUUUCUUCUUGAAACUUUGUACCAAUAUGCAUUUCCUCACGGCGAUCACUUUCGAAGUCUAACAGUCGAGUUGAUCCGCAUGCGUAUCUCAAGUAAUUUGAAACAUCCCUCCGACAAUGAGACUUUUCACCACAUAAUUCAUCUUUGUCUUUCUUGCAUUGAUCCGACAACAAACCCCGAGAAGGAUUACCAUGACCCUGACAUACCAUGGAUUCCCAGUGCUACAGUAUGCAAUGAAGCUGGAAUUCACUUCGGCAGAAAAAAGAGAUACAAGAGUUUCUUGGACAUUACAUUUCAUAACGGCAAGUUGGAGAUUCCCCAACUUCGAAUAGAGGACGGCAUCAACUCGCUCUUGAGAAAUCUUAUAGCGUACGAGCAAUGUUCAAUGAAUUCCAAGUUCCAUGUUACAACCUAUAUGGUGCUUAUGGAUUCCCUCAUCAAUACGGCAGCAGAUGUCGAAUUGCUUCAACAACAUGAAAUCAUUAUUGGUGACUUAGGGGACAGCCAAGAAAUUGCCACUCUAUUUAACAAACUUGGCACAAAUGUCAACUAUACUCCAGAUAAUUUCUACCUUGCGGAUGUCGUCACUGCCAUGAGGAAGCACCACGACGCUAGAUGCAACAAAUGGCGCGCAAGGUUGAAUCGCGAUUACUUUAGUAAUCCUUGGGCAGUUAUCUCAUUAAUUGGUGCUCUUGUCCUAUUUCUUCUUACUGCGCUACAAAGCACGUUUGCUGUUCUGAGCUAUUUUCGACCGCCAAAGUAGCUUUCUCAACUAAAAGAAAUGGUCAGAACGAGGAAAUACCUGUUGUUGUUGUUUAGAAACUAAUUUUAAUUUGCUGCUUAUGAAAGACGUAUCGUAUGCAUGUGUAUGAAGAGGUGUGUCAAUAAAGGGGCAUA